AUGGCCACCGAUGAAGCACAACGAAUAACCGACCCUAGUCAGAUACAGGAGGCUGACCUUUCCAUCGGACUGAGCAACCUCGCCAUCGAGACACCCGGGCCAGUAUCAUCGUCGCAGCCACAUACGAGACAAGCAAUGUUGCACCUCCUGCAGCCGCUCGCCGCGCCCGCCAUGCUCGCAGCCUGCCGCAACCCGGGCUCGCGCGUGGUGCGCUUCCCCGACGGUCGAGCCAGCGACGCCGUCGGCCCUGAGUAUCUCGACAUCUCGGCGCUCAGCAAAGCAUGGCGUCAGGCCUUAGCCAAAGUGUCACCCAUAUCGUGGCUCACGUUCAACUUGAGCCUGCCUAAGCCUGAAAGCGAGGGCGAGGGCGAAGAUGCGUUCCAGAAGGUUUACUGGGACACGGACACGCCUGACAAAGGACACUACCUGGCUGUCGUGGGACACGACGUUAUUACCCUGAUCAUUACCAUAGCCACCACGACGCGGGUGCGGGCGCAGGGUGACGUGCGCUUCGAGGUCGUGUACGACGAGAGUGGCGCUUCACUGAGACAUAUGAAGUUACUGAAGGAACAGCUUCUGGCCAUUACCGGGGCCAGGGGGAAGGAGCACUGCCGCGCUUGA